GGGACCGGGGCGGGACAGGAGAUGGCGCCGCCUGCGGGCGGCGCAGCGGCGGCCUCGGACCCGGACUCGGCCGCGGUGCUCCUGGCUGUGCACGCCGCGGUGAGGCCGCUGGGCGCGGGGCCGGACGCCGAGGCGCAGCUGCGCAGGCUGCAGCUGAGCGCGGACCCCGAGCGGCCCGGGCGCUUCCGGCUGGAGCUGCUGGCCUCGGGACCUGGCGCGGUCAGUUUGGAGUGGCCCUUGGAGUCAGUUUGCUACGCGGUCCGAGGCCCCAGCCAGCAUGAGCUGCAGCCCCCGCCCGGAGGGCCUGGGACCCUCAGCCUGCACUUCCUCAACCCUCAGGAAGCUCAGCUGUGGGCAGCUCUAGUCCGCGGUGCCACCAUGGAGGGUCAGAAUGGCAGCCUGGCCCAAGCCCCGGGCCUAGAAAUGUGCCCCGCUUCCCCGCCCAGUCCCCCUGGCGUGCCCACACUCCGGGCCCCACAACCCAAGGUGGAUCUUUGCUGGAGCCCUGGAGACUUGAUGGAGAAAGAAGAGCUGGUGGGGCGCCUGGCCCAAGCCAUCAAGGAGGGGGACGAGAAGGGGGCAGGCCAAGCAGCAGCCGCCCUGGCCCGACAUCACGUGGCUCUCAGUGUCCAGCUCCCGGAGGCCUGCUUCCCUCCUGGCCCCAUCAGGCUACAGGUGACAGUUGAGGAUGCCGCGUCCUCUGCCCACGUCUCACUGCAUGUCCACCCCCACUGCACCAUUGCGACCCUCCAGGAGCAGGUGUUCUCGGAGUUUGGCUUCCCACCAGCAGUGCAGCGCUGGGUCAUCGGGCGGCGCCUGUGUGUGCCUGAGUGCAGCCUCGCUUCCUACGGGGUCCAGCGGGACGGGGACCCUGCUUUCCUCUACCUGCUCUCAGCCCCUCGAGAAGCCCCAGGACGCAGCCCUCAGCGUCCCCAGAAGAUGGACGGGGAGCUCAGUCGCCUGUUUCCUCAGUCACUGGGGCAGCCCAGAGCUUCUCUGCCAGCCACCUCCAGCCUCCCCAGCCCCCUGCAGCCCGGCUGGUCCUGCCCUUCCUGCACGUUCAUCAACGCCCCCGGCCGCCCUGGCUGCGAGAUGUGCAGCACCCAGAAGCCGUCUUCCCUUCCCGCAGGCUCCACGCCACCGCUGGCGAAGGUCACAAGGAGAGAGGAUGGCCCCGUCCCUCCAGGUCCGAGGUCCCUGGAUCCCCUCCUAAAACUCUCAGGAGACCUUUGCUGACUGCUUGCUUGCUGGGGGUCCAGCCGGGACUGUGGAGGGGCCACAGUCCAGAGUCAUUAAAGACACUUCUGAGCCA